CUUUGUUAUCUCUCCCCACGAAUACGGUGUCGUUCAGCCAGCGUCGUAUCGAAGGAUAUCGGGGGCAGGAUGUAGAGUCUUAAAGGUGGCGGUCGCUCGCCAGUCAUGUCAGGCUCAAGCGACUGUCGAAGUUCCCAUCCAUUGCAUUGAGCUCGCCCAGGAUGACCACCACCGACGUGAAGCAGGCCGACCAGGCCAAUGUCGAGCAGGAUAUGGCUGUGGGCUCAAAUUACGUCCCGGACUUGAAUGACAAGGCUAUGGAGAGGCGCAUUGUACGCAAGAUUGACAUGCGCAUUCUUCCAUUUAUCUGUAUCUCAUAUCUUAUCAAUUUCCUGGAUCGUGUCAAUUUAGGCAAUGCCCGUACAUUGAACAACAACUCCCCGGCAAGCAAUAUCGUGAAUGAACUUGACCUUACCGGCAACCGCUACAAUAUCGCUGUCGCCGUCUUCUUCGUACCAUAUGUUAUCUUCGAGGCCCCGAGCAACUUCGCCAUGAAGUACUUCUCGCCAUCAGUGUGGAUCGGUCGCAUUAUGAUCAGCUGGGGUAUCAUCACGAUCUGCACAUGCGCUGUCAAGAGCUUUGGCGGCCUGUUGGCUAUCCGGUUUUUUCUUGGUGUUGCAGAAGCUGGCUUCUUUCCCGGUGUGGUCAUGUACCUUUGCUACUGGUAUAAGCCUUCCGAGCGGGCGACUCGUCUUGCCAUUUUCGCUGGUUCCGUCGCAGUUGCUGGAGCGUUCAGUGGACUUUUGGCGACUGGCAUUUCCUUCCUGAAUGGCAAGGCCGGCCUUGCAGGUUGGCAAUGGCUUUUUGUCAUCACCGGUAUUCCCGCAGUUCUGUGGGGCGCUGUCGUGUGGAUUUGGAUGCCCAACUAUCCCCAAGACGCCAAAUUCUUCACCGAAGAGGAGCGGGCUUUUGCUAUCGCCCGCAUGGGACCUUUCGCGCCCAACAAGGAAGACAAAACCUUUAACGCGAAGAUUGCCAAGCAGACGCUCCUGGAUCCUUUGUUCUGGGUGUACGCAAUCAGCUACUUCUUCAUGGUCAACAGUCUGAACGCCUUCUCUUACUUCUCACCCACUAUCAUUGCCAAUCUCGGAUUCACGGGCUACACUGGGCAGCUGCUGACUGUGCCACCUAACGUCUUCGCUCUACUCAUCAUCUUGGGCAACUGUAUCCACUCCGAUUAUUCCAAGGAACGCAUUCGUCACGCUCUCGCUGGCCUGACUCUUGUCGGCACUGGAUAUCUGAUCUUGGCUGUGGUGAAGAACUGGAUUGGUCGCUAUGUUGCCGUCUUUUUGAUCGCUUGCACCAACUCAGCGGUUAUGCCAUUCCUUGCCCAUCGUACCGCAACAGUAUCCGGUUCAACAGCGACUGCAUUGGCCACUGGUGUGACUAUCGCCAUUUCCAAUUGCGGUGGUAUCAGUGCUCCUUUCCUCUUUCCCAAGACCGACGGACCAAACUACCCCAUGGGCAACUGGACCGUGUUCGCUAUGCUGGUUGUUACUUUCAUCGGUACCAUCUACCUUGGCUUCAGACUCGGAACAAGUGCCGAGUACCGCGACUUUGCGCCUGGUGCAGCGGAGCAAUUGGCAGCGAGGACCAGCAUCGAGGGCAAGAAUCCGGACGAGGCGAGGGAUUCUCGUGAGUUCCCAUCUGCUAUAACAAAGGAUGGCGACUCUGUCAAGGGCUGAGCAGCCGAUUUGAACACAACGAUAGAAUGAUAGACAAGAGCAUUCGACUUUCCAUUAGGUAUUAUCAUGAUAGACUUCUCGAUUUUGAGCCGAGAGCAGCCGCCCCACUUUUGCAAAGCGAUACACCGCACGAACUGGGGUCCGAUUGGCCUGGACCGCACUCCUGUGGACUAUGAUUCCGCCAGCCUCGUGGUGCUGGGCAACCUUCAUGACCACUGCUAAUAACUUCACGACUAUCCUCGUCUCUUCAAUGUGG